UCUAUCUCUCUCUCUCUCUCACUCUCUCGCUCUCUCUCAAACACAAGCAUGGAAAUCUCCUUCCAAUUGCAAAGCAACAAUCCAAUGCUGCAAAAGGCAACGCCGAAGAAAAAUUCUCAUAGUAGUUAUAUGAUUCAAACUAUUUCAUGCAGAGGUGAUGGGUUAGAGAUGCAUGCAAAGAAGGCUAACUUUUAUGAGGUACUUUCUCUUGGUUCUGAAAAUAACAUAGACUUGCAUGACAUAAAGAAAGCCUACAAAAGCAUGGCUCGUCAAUUUCAUCCUGAUGUUUGUGCUCCGUCGGCAAAAGAGGAGUCUACCAGAAAAUUCAUUGAGCUUCAAAAAGCAUAUGAAACACUUUCCGACCCGGUUUCGCGUCAAAUGUAUGAUUAUCAGUUGAGUUUGGCUGACUCUUCGUUAGGGUUAGGGGUGGAGGGGUUUUGUACGGAGGUUAAGAGAUCCAUAUUUCAAAGGGAAGUGUGGGAAGAACAACUUCGUGGAUUGCAUAAAAGAUCACAAACAAGAAGGGAAAGGCGGUCCAUGCAGAAUUAAUAUUUUAUUAUAUUUGUACUGUAAUGUUUUACUAAUAUUUUCGUAGUAUCAUUUGUAAUUAUUUGUGCAAACAGGAGCAGCAGAGCUUCCUCUUUGUUGAUUUUUACUCGAAAAGGAGCUUCAUCUUCAUAUCUAAAUGAUAACAUAAGGAACAAAA